AUGUUCAGGCAGGAGCCCGUGUCCCCCGUGGUAGGCCAGACGAUGUUGGGCAGUUUCGCAUCCUCCAAUCCCAGUCCCGACUACACGACCUCGACGGCCCCCACGGGCUUCGCCGGAGGACGGGAGCGCAGCCUGUCGCCGCUGAAGCUCCGGGGAGGCGGUGGGAACUCCUUCGGCUCCUUCGGCUCGGGCUUCGCUUCACCUCGGAGCCUCGCCGGGCAGGAGGCGGCGACGGAGGUGCAACGCCGCGCGGCGGAAUGGGAGAGGCAGAUCGAGCACUUGGAUGCCAAGGAGCUUGAGAUCCACCAAACCCAGCUGCGGCUGGUGCGAGAGCAAACCCAGGCCUUCCGGAAGGACUUCGCGCAGAUGCGGGAAGAGCUGCAAGAGAUGAAGGCCUCGAUCCAGAAGCAACAAGCAAACAACUUCGAGCUCACUGCCAGGUGGGACGAGCAGCUGGUGAAUCAAAAGCAGGAGAGCGAUGAGCGGCUCCAACACUUGGAACGGAGCUUGCAGCGUUUGAGCGACGACGCGCAGAUCAUGAAGCGAGAGCUUCGUGGUGGGCCCGAUGUGUCCAACCGCUUGCAGGCACACGAGGCAGACCUGAAGUUGUUGAAGGAUUCCCACGCGGACAUGAAGAGCUCCCAAGGUGCCAAAGAUCAGCACCACGCGACGCUCCAGCAGCGCGUGGAGUACCUGGAGAAGAUUAUGGGGGAGUCGGCGGACAAGCACACCGCACACAUGAAGACGCUGGAGGAACUUCAAGGUCACCGGCAGGAUCAGCUGGGCCGCCACUCGCAGAUGGCCGAGUCGGUGGAACGGCUCCGGCAAGAGAAGGAGGCUCUCCAUAAGCGGCACAGCAGCAUGGAGGAGCGGAUGCGCUACUUGGAGCAAUUGAUGGGGGACUCGGCCGACCGACACGCCAAGGACCUGAAAGCUCACAAGGAGGUUCAAGGUCAACAACAUGCCAGCUUAGAGGAGCGCAUGAAAUACAUCGAGAAGGUCUUGGGCGACUCGGCCGAGGAACAUGCCAAGCUCCUGGCGAAGCACAAGAAGGACCUGGAGGAUCACAAGCAAUCCUUCCUGAGCCACCAGCGCGACUUCGACGAGCACCGGGCCCAAUUAAAGACUCAUCAGGCCACCAUCGAGAAGCACGCCACCCUGGAGCAACGCCUGGACUUCCUCGAAAAGGCCAUAGGCGAUUCCGCGCAGCAGCACAUGAAGCAGCUGCAGGCGCACAAGGCGGAUGUGGAUCAGAAGCAUCAGGCGCACUCCUCGAUUGGAGAUCGGGUGGAAUACAUCGAGAAGUGGUUCAGUGGCCUGCCGGGCUUCUCACCCCCUGACAGGGUCUAUGUCGAUCAUCCCGAGCCGCCGAGUUGGGAUGAUGUGUCGUUCUUCGGUCGUCGCCCGUCUCUUCGCAUUGAAGAGAACCUUCGGCGCGCCGCGUACGCAAACCGCGCCGCCGCGUACGCCAACGGCGUAUUCGAUGGGCUUGGCGCGGAGCCCGCUGGCGCGGAGCAGCCCCUUCGGAUGAGACCUUCGAGUCGGCGCAGUCGAAGCGGCGAGACCUCUCAGAGUGUCCGUGCUCAGUCUACAAAGGGGACCAUGGACGAUGCAGGUGAUUUUGGCCGUGUCAAGAGCAAGUGA